AUGUUAACUACAAAGCAAAAAAGAAUGAUAAUAGCAUAUUAUUAUUAUAACAAAAUAAAAAAAGAAACAAAAAACAAGAGACUUUACUGGGUUCAUCCAAUUAUACAAGAGAAAAAUGAGUUUGGUGGGUUCAUUACCCUUUACCGUGUCAUGCGACAACAUGAGGAAAAAUUUGUGGAUUAUUUUCGCAUGAAAAUAUCUACGUUUGACAAGCUUUUGACAAGUAUAGAAAAUAAUAUACGACAUGAAAAUACCAAAAUGCGAGAAAGUAUUCCUCCAUACAUUAGAUUGGCCGUAACAUUAAGAUACAUGGCAACUGGAGAUGCCUUCGCACGUCUUCAUUUCGAUUUUCGAAUCGGAAUAAAAACAGUAGCGAACAUUGUACGUGAAGUUACUCAUCAUAUUUGGUCAGAAUUAUCUACAGAUUAUAUGCGAAUGCCAACACAAGAAGAAUGGUUGAAUAUAGCACAGGGAUAUGAAAUAAAAGCCAAUUUUCCACACUGUCUUGGAGCAGUGGACGGGAAACAUAUUAGAAUAAUUAAACCCGAAGAAAGUGGAUCAAUGUUUUUAAAUUAUAAACAUUUCUUUUCUAUUGUUCUCAUGGCUAUUGUGGAUUCCAACUACAAUUACAUUUUUAUUGAUGUAGGGUCGUAUGAUAAAGAAUGUGAUUCAAAUGUUUUCAAAGAAACACAGUUUUGGAAAAAACUUGUUGACAAUACGUUAAACAUACCAUCCCCAUGCUCUAUAAUAAAUAUUAACUAUAUAUUACCAUAUGUUUUUGUAGCUGAUGAAGCUUUCGCACUUCAUGUUAACGUACUUCGACCCUACGGUGGUAACGAACUCACAAAAGAACAAAAGAUAUUCAAUUAUCGCUUGACAAGGGCAAGAAGAUACGUCGAGUGUGCAUUUGGAAUAAUGGCCAACAAAUGGAGAAUUCUGCACCGAUCUUAAAACUUAAGUCUCGAUUUAACAGUUGCUAUUGUAAAAACUACUUGCGUUUUGCAAAAUUUUAUUCAUACAGAAGAAGGUCACGUUGAGCCUUUCGAAUCGAGACCGAUUAAAUAGUCGAUUGCAUUUAGAAGGCAAUAAUCUGACAGCAGACGAAAUUCGUCAAAAAUAUACUGAAUAUUUUUCCUCUGAUGAAGGAUCAUUGCCAUGGCAAGAUAAAUACACAUAAAAAAUAAGUUCUAAAACUAAAACCCGACUACUAAAUUUUAAUCCAAAAAGUGUGAAACAAGGAAGUAUUCUUACCUGCCAUAUUGUUUAAAUUAACAAUUACAUGUCAUAUUUUAUUUCAUGUUUAUACGUAUUUUAUUAUAAGUAUUAGUCAUUAUCGUUUUUAGCAAAGCCGUGGUCGUAUGCUAUUUAGCGCUAUUGAACUUAUGAUUGCUUGCAACUUAAAUCUUUUAUUGUAGAUGUAUUUAGUGUGGGUAACGACAAUGAUUAAUAUUUAUAAUAAUAUAUAGUUAUAUAGAAUAUACCUAGUAAUCUGUAUUUUUGAAAAUUGUAAAAAGAUAGUAAUAUGUUGUAAGUACUUACCAUAUUCAUUUUUUUUGACAUUUGUCAUUCGGUCGAAGUCUUUGUUUAAGAUAAUAAAUAUUUCUCUCCAUGCUUCGUA